AUGGCUCCAGGAGGUAAAUCCGCAGGCGGCAAAGCGAUGAAAAAGUCCGGUAAAGCCCAAAAGAACAUCGCCAAGUCCGACAAGAAACGCAAGCCCAAGAGGAAAGAAUCGUACGCAAUCUACAUCUACAAAGUGUUGAAGCAAGUACACCCCGACACCGGUGUUUCGUCAAAGGCGAUGAGCAUCAUGAACAGUUUCGUCAACGAUCUCUUCGAACGUAUCGCUUCCGAAUCCAGUCGCUUGGCUCACUACAACAAGCACGUGCCCCUCCCCUGA